CUUUCGACAUUUGCACAAAUCGAUAAAAGGCGGACGCAAGCGCAAAAUACGCCGCCAGUCCCCAAAACACAUUUAUACACAGAACCUAAUUACACAAAUUCUUUGUUUUAACUGUUAGUGGAUUGUUUACAAGUUUGAGUGCAAGGUCCUAAUCGUGAUUUAUCGAAUCAGUGUUAAAUUUGAGUGAAAUCAAAGCGUAAAAAUUCGACCGAAAAACAGCAGUGAAAACACCCACCUUUCUUUAAUUAUUAAACAGGAAUAUGUGAUUGCUUUUGGUUAUUGUUAUUGAUUCAGGUGUUAGGGCAAACAAAUGAUUCAGGGAUCAUGUCGGAUCUGGAACAUAAGCAUUUUGGCUGUAGUUUUCCUCUCCAUCUACAACAUCCUUCUCACUCUGAAACUGAUGUACAGUCCAGAGUGCAGCAAACACCCCCCUGUGGCGCUAAAGCCGGCCCCAAAGGCCGUAAAAUGUGAUCCUCCAAGACCUAGUUACGCCAAAAGCGACCAAAUCUUCAGGCUCGACCUACGCUCAGGCCGGUGGGACAACCACCUGCAGUACAAACUCUUCGACAACAUUCUCACCGGCGAUCACUUCGCCGCACUCAGUGACGUCCACAAGACGUGUCUUGCAACUCAAAGUUCCCUCGAAAAAAUCGCCUCAAUUGUGGAAGUGACCGCAAACUGGAACGGCCCUAUUUCACUCGCUACGUUCGCGGCAAGCGACGAUGAGCUAAACUCGCUACUUUUAUACAUACUUUUUCUACGAGACUGUUUCGCCAAAAUAAGGGAACAAGUCAGUUUUCAUUUCGCCUAUCCGAAGGACCAUCGACCAAGAAACAUUGAUAUUGAUUUCGAUAAGUUGAAAGAGAUGAACUGCGCCAACCCUUCGGGCGUGCUCCAGCAAUUAGUCAAGCAAUACCUGAAAGGGAACAAGUGGAGGACGAAAUUGCCGUACCCCCAGAACCAUCUGAGGAAUUUGGCUCGGAAGAAUUGCCAAAGCAAGUUUGUCUUCCUCACGGAUGUGGACAUUAUCCCGAGCAAGGACAUGGUGGAAAAGCUGGAUUUGUUCCUCGGACGUGUGAAAUGCAGCGGACUUUGCGCUUACGUUAUUCCCACCUAUGAAAUCGACGAACGAGUCAGGUUUCCUCCAAAUAAGACUGAGCUUAUUCGAUUAGCAAAUAAAGGCCUAGCUAGACCCUUCCACCACAAGGUUUUUAUCUACAAUCAGUUCGCCACGAAUUUUACCAAGUGGCAAAGCACUUCCAACGAAAGCCCGGAAGUGCACAUUAGCCAUCCCGUCACGAAUUUCGAAUUCCUCUACGAGCCCUUCUAUGUGGCCCCGGAUACGGUUCCGCCCCACGACGAGAGGUUUGUGGGAUACGGAUACACCCGAAACAGUCAGGUGUAUGAGAUGUUCGUGGCCGGGUAUGACUUCCUGGUCCUCUCGCCGAUUUUCACGUGUCAUUGGGGCCUCCAGGUGAAGAAGACGCGGCCGCCGUGGCGGGAGCACCAAAACAACCUAAACCGCAAACACUUCGACGGCUUCAAACGCGAGAUCUUCGCCAAGUACGACAAGGACCCGCUUCAUAUCAUGUCAGGCCGAAAGAACUAAACUCUGCUUAAGUCGCACAUUUAUUUUGUUUACAAUAAAGUGUUGAGAUUACAA